AUGGGGGUCGCGCCGCCGCCGCCACGGCCUGGGGCUCGGCGGUCCGGUCUUCUGCCCGCGGCGCGGCUGGAGCGGCGGCGUCGGCAACAGGCAAGCUUAAAGGAAAAGGAGAUGAUCGUGUCACCAGCCGCCCGCGGGGACGCCGCGCCCCCGCGCCCGGCCCGGGGCCUCUCCGGGACCCCCUCCCAGUCCGGGAAGGGGCCCCCCGGCCGCCCCCGCAGCUCGGCCCCGGCCGCAGGGCUCUGCGACCGCCGCGCCCAAAGCCCCCGGCUCCGUCUCGGUCCGGGCCCGCGCCCCUGGGCAUGCCCAGGCCGAAGGCGGGGGCGGGCGCCCCGGAGGGAGGAGGCGGCCGCCGGCUGGAGCGAGUGGGGGCGGCUCUCGGGCCCCGCGCCACCCGGCUCCUCCCCCGGGGCCCGCCGCCGCCACUUCCCCCCAUUUUUUUUCCCGGGCAAACUUUCCCGGGCCCGUCCCGGGGGUCGCAGUGGGAGGGGUGCCUGCAAGUUUGCUCUGCAGACCGGGAAGAUCGCGGUCCCUACCGCGCCCCCCACCCCGGGCGCUCACGGGUCGGAGGACGGGACCGGGGCGGGGAAAGGGACCGGGGCUCCCCCGCCCCGGGGUGCCCCGGAGUGGGGGGCCGCUGCACCCAGCGCCCGGCCUGCCGGCGGUGCUGAACGAAAGGAAUUGAUUAUUGAUUGGGCGAUCGGGGACGCCCGGGCGCCGAGCGGGCCGGGUCGGCGGGCCCUGCGCGGAGGUGCGGGCAGAGCCGCGGCGGCGGCCGGCGGCCGCGAGGGUGCGGAGGAGCCGGGCUCCGGGGACGACGCCCGGGCGGCGGCGGCCGAGCCGGAGCCGGAGCGGCGCAUCGAUGCGCUGCGGGCUCGAUUGCGUCUCCCUGGGCCGCGCGGGCCGGGCGUGGGGCGGCCGCGCGGGGCCGGCUCCGGGCGCUGCCGGUCGGCGGUGGGGGCGCGGGCGCGGCCGCCGGGCUCCGGUCCGGAGACGCCGCUGCCCCGGGGCGCGUGCGCUGGGCCGCGGGCUCCUCGGGGCCGCGUGCAGGAGGCGGGCAGGGCCGGAGCCCGCGCCCUGGGACCGGCCGCCCGAGCGCCCCGGGGCCGCGAGCCUGGCCGCGUCCUCCCUCCGUCCCUUUCCCUCCCCUUCCCUUAUUUCUUACGCUUCUUUUUUCAGUCCGCCCCCCUUUCUUGUCCCCUCUCCUCCCUAUUUUUGCUUUCUGACUGUGCCCGCAAGUUUGUUUCCAAAGUUCCUGGCGUGCUGUCCGUCCUUGGAGACCGAAGCCCGUGGGCUCACCUGGCGGACUUCAGAGGGCAGGCGCGGGCAGAGAACCUCGGACAUCAGCUGGGUGGCUGUACCUGUCAUCCCACCUGCCUCUAUUCCUACUGCAGACGCUUCCGGGGCUUGGUGAGACAAGAGGACAGGCCAGCCGGCACCUGGGGAGGCACGACAGUUCUGUGGGAGAUGCACAGCAUGGAAAUGCUUUUACCCCACUGCGAAGCAUCACAGGCACCUGCAGAGAACAUCGCGGCUGCCGAGCCCCGUGCAGAAGCACUUGCUAACUUCUUAGCAUGCAAGUCACGCACAAAGGAACCCCCCAAAGUCAGUCGGAUGCUCCCACCUCUGGGGGUGCCCUGUUUCUGGGCGGAAUUUUUAAACCCCGGAGAAAACAGUUGGAAAGGUGAGCUCAGGGGGCAGUGGAGGGACACAAGUGACCACCGGGUGGCAAAUGUCUGUGGCUGCCUUCUGCGGCCAGGUGCCCCACCCCCAAUCUAGGCGGCAGUGUUUAGAGCCCAGAAAACUCCCGGAGGCUGUAGAAACAACUCCUGAGCCCCGAGGUCGCGCCCUGGGCCCAGCGGAAGCCCUUGCUCCCCCGCAGCGGGGCGCCGGGUGCCACUCAGCCCCUGUGCUGGGGCUUCAGACCGGGUUCGAGGUCGGACCCCAGCAUUGUGAACCGAAGGUGCCAGGUGCGGAGCCCCUUGGCCAGGAGCCCCGGGAGAGUCCCGCCCUUGGCAAACCAAAGCCCCACCCAGAGGAGAUCCGAACCGGGGAAAGUCAAAGGCAGGCGUGGCCGGCGGGGUCUGACGGAAACCCACCACCCUGCUGGGUGCCCAGAAGGAGCGGCCCUGCCACUGACUGAAGGCAGCCCAGGUCGGGUUUGAGGCAGGACUGAGUGCUGUGGGUGACAGCCACCUCACCCAAACCAGGCCGCACUGGCCGGCGAGAGGGAAGGACUCCAGGAAAGAAGGCACGUGGCGUGCUCAAGGCUGCGGGUCUCGGAGAGGCAGUCAGGACACCUGCACCCAGGGGCCUAAGCCCACGCCUUGCAGGGGGGUUCUCUAUGCCCUGAAGGGGACACAGGUCACCUUGAAGGACAGGUUACACUGGGUAGUUCUCUUGGGGAGCCUGCACCCCAUUUCCGGGUGUGAGGGCACUGGCCUGGCUGUGAGCCUUUGGGGGGCCCAGCGUCUGCAGGCGGGACCAAGCGCUGUCCUGCCUGCACCCGCCUGGAAUGCUGGCCUUGCUCUGCCCUCUGCACACUCCUCGCCCCACACACGGUCCGGGCUGGGGAGGGGGAGCCCCCCGGCUCAGGGGGGCCGACUGCCGCCACCCGGACCCCACCUCAGCCCAGGCACUCUGGGUCCUCGCCCUGGCGAAGCCCUCGCCAGAAGUGAACUGUUAAAAGUGCGUUUACACAGUAGGGGAUUUGUUUCUAUUUGUCUGGUAGUUUUGUUUUAACAAACCAGAUAUUCUGUCUGUAAAUUCUCCCAAGAACUGUUACAGCUUCACAUAAAAUAAACCUUUGAAAAUCA